ACGUUCUGAAGGAGCUCUGGAGGGGCUGUUUGUUCCUACAGACCCCACUGUCUUAGUCGGGGCCCUGCAGUGUCAUGCCCCGGAGCCCCCGGACCAUGCCGAGCUGGGUGCUGUUGCUGCGGCUGCUGGCACUGCUGCGGCCGCCAGGGCUGAGCAAGGCAUGCACCUGCGCUCCAGCGCACCCCCAGCAGCACUUCUGCCACUCCGCGCUUGCCAUCCGGGCCAAAAUCUCCAGUGAGAAGGUAGUUCCUGCCAGUGCAGACCCAGCUGACACUCAAAAAAUGAUCCGGUAUGAAAUCAAACAGAUAAAGAUGUUUAAAGGGUUUGAGAAGGUCAAGGAUGUUCAGUAUAUCUACACCCCUUUUGAUUCUUCCCUCUGUGGUGUGAAACUAGAAGCAAAUAGCCAGAAGCAGUAUCUCUUGACUGGUCAGGUCCUCAACGAUGGCAAGGUCUUCAUCCAUUUGUGUAACUACAUUGAGCCCUGGGAGAACUUAUCCUUUUUGCAGAGAGAAAGUCUGAAUCACCACUACCACCUGAACUGUGGCUGCCAAAUCACCACCUGCUAUACAGUGCCCUGUACCAUCUCGGCCCCCAAUGAGUGCCUCUGGACAGACUGGCUAUUGGAACGGAAGCUCUAUGGGUACCAGGCCCAGCAUUAUGUGUGCAUGAAGAAUGUUGAUGGCACCUGCAGCUGGUACCAGGGACACCUGACCCUCAGGAAGGAAUUUGUCGACAUCAUUCAGCCCUAGUGCCGACCAGUGACCACCACAUUCUUUUGGGAGUCCUGAAGACCAACCCAGUUCUCCUCCUUUGCAGAGUUCAGGCUGUCACCACCGGCCUCAUCGUUGCCAGCCAAUGGGAAAUACCAAAAGGAUGGCAUUAGAGCAGGGAUGGGGCAUCUUCCAGCUUGUGUCUUCGACCCCAGCCCAGAACCUGUCAAACGCUAAGGAAAGCAGCAUGGCUUUUCUGUCCUCCCCUCAGACCUUCUCCCCUGCCUCCCAAACCCUUUUAGUCUAGCCGGUACCUGUUACUGAAAGUUUUGAUUCUGGCUUAGUUUGUUUUCCAGAGCCAGAACUAUAUUCCCUUUUCUCCCUAGGAAAAUAUGUUUUCUCUUACAUUAAUUGAUCUGAUGGGAGAAAUGGUGAAUGUUAUACAUGUGAGAAGGGGUAGCCUUCUGAUGUGCAAUACAAGAAGGCAAGUUGACAGUUAUCAUAACAGGCUGAUUUGCAAAAAUGAAAAGAACAACAUAUUGUGGCUGUGUAUCCUCUACUGCAGCGGUCCCUAACCUUUUCGGCACCGGAAACCAGUGCUCCUAUGAAAAUCUAAUACCUGUUGAUCUAAUACCUGACCUGAUCCUAUGAAUACCUAA